AUGGGUGGUGUUAAAGCUGUUAUACUUGCUGUUGAUAAGUACAAGAUGGCUACUGGUUACAAGAUUAUUAUUCUUAAAAAUGACAAGACUCGUUUUACUGCAAAGUGCGAAGAAAAUGAUUGUGGUUGGAGGAUUCACUUUGGGCCUGUGAAUGGUGACAUUUCUCGGUUCGUGCUGAAAGAUUUUAGUGUUAUUCACAGUUGUGGUGUUGGUUUAAGGUCGAAGAGUCAUGCAGUGACAACCAAUUUAGUCAAGCAUUUGAUCGCUGACAAUAUACAAGGUGAUCAUAGUUUAAAACCCAGACAGAUCAUGUCACUUUUUAAGAAUACUUAUGGGUCAAAUAUUAAGUAUCACCAUGCCCGUAGAGGGAAAGAUGCCGUAAUUGAAGAACAGUUUGGUGAUGACGAGAAGUCGUAUAGCGAUUUAACUUGGUAUGUCAAAGCCGUUGAGAAAACUAAUCCUGAUAGCUUUGUGAAUUUUGAAGUUGAUCAUGCAACCAGAAGAUUUCAGAGGAUUUUCAUUUGUUUUGGUGCUUGCAAGCAUAGCUAUAGGUAUCUCAGACCGAUGAUUUACUUGGACGCUACUUUCCUUACUGGUAGAUUCAGGGGUGCUUUGAUGGCUGCAACAUGUAUCAAUGGAAACAAUGGUAUUACCCAUUUGCCUUUUCUCUUGUUUCUGCUGAAAACAAAGAAAAUUGGUUUUGGUUUCUGGACAAUCUUAAACAAGUUGUCGAUGGUCGUUCGAUUGUUUUCCUUAGUGAUCAUGGAGAAAGGCUUUUGCAGGGAAUUCCAAAAGUAUUUCCUAAUUCAUAUCACAGCUAUUGCUUUUACCACAUCAAGUGCAAUCUCCUUAUUGGAUCAGGUGAUGCGAAUUCGAAGGUCGUUAUUAAUUUGUUUUACAAAGUUGCUUACUCUUACACAGCAGCUAACUUUGAAGAAGCUUUGCGGAGCAUGCAUGCAAUUGGAUGUGGACAUGUUGCUAAUUAUAUCAGGACUAUUCCAAAGGAGAAAUGGGCAAAUGCAUUUUUUUCCUGUAUGCAGAUAUAGUGCUCACUCUUCAACUCUUUCCGAGUCCUUUAACAACUGGAUUCUUGAUUUCAAAAAGUUGCCUAUUUUUGCUCUUGUCGAUGCGAUAUGUUUGAAGGUUAUGAAGAAGAAUUCUGAGAGAAGGAUAGAAGGUCUAGAAAAUUUCAACACUAGGCGCACUCCCAUAUAUGAGGCUUUACUAAAGGAAAACAUCGACAUUCGUCGUACUUGGACUGUUAGUGAGUCCAUCGAAAGAUUGUAUGAAGUCGCGUCUCCCCGGUCUCAUUCUGUAGAUCUAUUGCAAAAAUCGUGUACAUGUCACAGGUGGACAUACCAGGAGAUCAUCUUGCCAAUCCCCAAUUAUGACAAGCUGCAGGUUUAUGAACCUAUUGAUAGGGUUACUAUUCUUAUUCCUGUUCCUCCACCGGGUAGACGAAGAACACAGCGUAUCAAGAAUGCUUGGAAGAAGCAAAAGAGUCCUACGAUCUGUACAAAGUGCUUCACCCUUGUUCACCACAACAGAGCUACCUGCCCCAUGCCUUGA